AUGGAAGGAAAAAGGGAAGCCCCCGAAGGAUGCAACGUGGUGGGCAAGAAGGAGAACGAACAGAUAGACGCAGAUCUUUAUUCAAGGCAGUUGGGAACCUACGGAUUUGAAUUAAUGAAUAAACUGAUAAAACUGAACGUCCUCAUCGUGAACGUGAAGAGUGUUGGUUUGGAAUGUGCAAAGAACUUAAUUUUAUCGGGACCCAAGUCAGUGUGUAUAUACGAUAAUGACGUGUGCCAAGUAUCCGACAUAGGGGUGAAUUUUUAUGUAGACGAAGAAGAUGUGGAGAAGAAAGUAACUCGAAGUGAUGCAGUGAUAAAGCAGUUGCAGGAAUUGAAUAGCUAUGUACACAUAUACAACUACAAAGGAGAGUUGAACGAGGAGUUUCUCCAAUCCUUUGAUGUGGUUGUAUGUUGCGAUGUGAGUCACUCUCAUUUAGUUAAGUAUAGCAAAAUGGUGAGAAGUAUAUCUCCUGCCAAAAAAAUCGCCUUCCUAUGCUGCAAUAUAUAUGGCUUGUGUGGGUACCUCUUUGUAGAUUUUGGAAAAGGUUUCGUUUGUUACGAUAAGGAUGGGGAGAAUACCAAAUCGUGCAACAUCAGUAAGAUAAGCAAAGCCCCUGAGGGAGUGGUCUCUUUCGACUGUGAUAAGGGUACCCCCUUCCAAAAAGGAGACUACGUCAAAUUUAACAACGUAGAAGGGAUGAGUCAAAUUAAUAACAAAAUUUACAAGAUAAAGGAUAUGCUCAAAUAUACCUUCACAAUUGGGGAUACGUCUCAGUUUGAUGAUUACUUAAAGGGGGGAGAGUGCACUCAGGUGAAGAGCCACCUCAGGAUGGAUUUCCAGCCGUAUGAUUUUAUUUGCGGAGUGCCCUUGUCCUGGGAGGGGGCGCCGAGUGGGGCAGCGCCGAGUGGAGCAGCGCCGAGUGGAGCAGCGCCAAGUGGGGCAGCGCCAAGUGGGGUAACGCCAAGUGGAGCAGCGCCAAGUGUAGGAGCGCCAAGUGGGGUAACACCAACCGGGGGAGCGCCAACCGGGGGAGUGCCAACCGGGAGCCCCUUUACAACGUCGGACGGCGAAACGAUCUACGAAGAUGUACCGCCCCCCCAGUCCUUCCUCAUUUCCGAUUAUGCCAAGUGUGACAUGAGCAACCAGCUGCACUAUGCUAUCCAGGCAUUGAAAAGGUACGAAGCAGAGAAUAAUAAUAUGUUACCACAUAACUUUGAGGAGGAGGCCUUCGAGAAGGUAUUUCAAAUAGCGGUUCGAUUGAACGAGGAGGAUAAGCAAGUAAAGAGGACGUAUGCUGUGGAGGAGGUGAAAAAAGAUGUUGUGCUAAAUGUGGCUAAGUAUUGUACAGCUCAUCUUGCACCAGUAGCCUCCUUCUUUGGAGGGUUACUAGCACAGGAGGUAAUAAAAUUUACAGGGAAGUAUAUGCCCAUAUAUCAGCUACUCUAUUUGGACUUUUUCGAAUGCAUUUCACUUGGCAAGGAAGGAGACACUGGUGUAAAAAAUGAUGAUAUUGCAAAGGAGAAUAGCAAAAAUGAUAAUAUCAUUACUGUGUUUGGGAAGGCCUUCCAAAAAAGACUUAACGAAUUAAAUGUAUUUCUUGUAGGAUCAGGAGCGUUAGGAUGUGAGUAUGCUAAGCUCUUUUCCCUAUUAGAUAUGUGCUCAGUUAGGGAGAGUGGGAAGCUUACCAUUACAGAUAAUGAUAACAUAGAAGUGUCGAAUCUGAAUAGACAGUUCCUUUUUAGGAGAGAAAAUGUUGGAAAAUCGAAAUCGCUAGUUGCAUCUGAGAUUAUAAAGAAGAAGAACCCAAAUAUGAAUGUAGAAUCGCUUGAAACCAAAGUUGGAACAGAGAAUGAACAUCUAUUUAACGAAAAAUUUUGGACGAAACAAAAUAUGAUAGUGAAUGCUUUGGAUAAUAUUCAAGCGAGACAAUACGUAGAUAAUAAAUGUGUUUGGUAUUCUAAACCCUUGUUUGAAUCAGGUACUUUAGGAACGAAGGGAAAUGUGCAAAUAAUUCUGCCCUUCCUGACUCAGUCAUAUAAUGAUAGUUAUGACCCUCCUGAAGAUUCCAUCCCAUUGUGCACACUGAAGCACUUCCCCUACGAUAUUAUACACACGAUUGAAUACGCGAGAGAUAUAUUUCAAGGUCUGUUUUACAACACACCUCUAAGUCUGCAAGAAUUUUUAAAGGACAAAAAGGAAUAUGUGAAAAAAGUGGAAGAAGAAGGGAAUAAUGCAUCUCUCUUAGAAACUAUGCAUAAUGUUUUGACUACACUGAGGGAGGUCUCCAAAGAAUCCAAUUUUAAAUUUUGUAUAAAAAAAGCAGUAGAUUUAUUCUACACCAAUUUUAUUAACCAAAUUAAUCAGCUGUUAUACUCCUUCCCAUUAGAUUACAAAUUAGCCAGUGGGGAGUUCUUUUGGGUUGGUCAAAAGAAACCACCACAAGUUAUUCCCUUCGAUAUAAACAACGAAUUUGUAAAAGAAUUCCUUUUCUCCACAUCUAAUCUAUUUGCACAGGUUUAUAAUAUCCCACAAUGUUAUGAUAUGAAAUAUAUCUUAGAUGUAGCUAGCCAAAUUGAAGUCAAACCAUUUCAACCAAAAAAAGUGAAAGUAAAAAUGGAUGAAAAAAAUCUUAACAAUAUUUCUAUCUCCUUCGUAGAUGAUGAAAAAAUGAUUCAGGAUUUUUGCAAAGAGUUACUAAACAUAGAAUGUGAUCACGUGAAAGUAUCUCCAAUCGAAUUUGAUAAAGAUGAAGAGACUAAUAUGCAUGUAAAUUUUAUUUAUUCCUUUGCUAAUCUGAGAGCUAUUAAUUACAAAAUUGAGACUUGUGAUAAACUGAAGGCUAAGAUAGUUGCAGGGAAAAUCAUCCCUGCGUUGGCUACCACCACAUCUAUUAUUACUGGCUUGGUCGGAAUUGAACUACUAAAGUAUGUGAAUUACUGUAACUACUUAGAGACGUAUGUGAAAUCCACAGAGGAGAAGAAGAAGGAGAUGAAGGACUUGCUUUCUUAUUUUAAAAACGCUUUUAUUAACUCUGCUUUGCCGCUGUUCCUGUUCUCGGAGCCCAUGCCCCCUAUCAGGAUGCGCGACAAGGAGUACGACGAGCUCAUGAAGGGCCCCGUCAGGGCCAUCCCCAACGGAUUCACCUCCUGGGACAAAAUACAAAUCCAGAUAGCGAACGGAACCAUCAAGAACCUGAUCGACCACAUAAACGAGCAGUUCAGCAUCGAAGUGAACCUGAUUUCCGUGGGAAACGCGUGUCUGUACAACUGCUACCUGCCCGCGCACAACAAGGAGCGCCUCAACAGGCCCAUCCACGAACUCUACUCCGAGAUCACCAAGCAGAAGUUGCUCGAUGACAAGAACUACAUCGUGGUGGAGGCCAGCUGCAGUGACCAGGACCUCGUGGAUGUCCUCAUACCGUCUAUUAAAUUUAUCUACAAGUGA